UCCCUAACCACUCUGUAUCUGCUUGGAACUCGGCAACCACCGCCGACUUGCCGAUCGAAUAUUGUUUCUUGUGCUAGUGCAGGUCGAUCGAGUCGAGGCAUGGCUAAGGUGGAGGAGAUCCGGCGCUCGCAGAGGUCCGAUGGCCCAGCGACGAUACUGGCAAUUGGCACCGCCACGCCGGCCAAUGCCGUCUACCAGGCCGACUACCCCGACUACUACUUCCGCAUCACCAAGAGCGAACACCUUACCGAUCUCAAGGAGAAGUUUAAGAGAAUGUGUGACAAGUCCAUGAUCCGCAAACGUUACAUGCACCUGAAUGAAGAGAUCCUCAAGGAGAACCCUCACAUCUGCGCCUACAUGGCCCCCUCCCUCGACGCCCGGCAGGACAUGGUGGUCGUCGAAGUCCCCAGGCUUGGCAAGGAGGCCGCCGCCAAGGCCAUCAAAGAAUGGGGCCAGCCAAAAUCCAGGAUCACCCACCUCGUCUUCUGCACCACCAGCGGCGUCGACAUGCCCGGCGCCGACUACCAGCUCACCAAGCUCCUCGGCCUCCGGCCCUCCGUCAACCGCCUCAUGAUGUACCAGCAGGGCUGCUUCGCCGGCGGCACCGUCCUCCGCCUCGCCAAGGACCUCGCCGAGAACAACCGCGGCGCCCGAGUCCUCGUCGUCUGCUCCGAGAUCACCGCCGUCACCUUCCGCGGCCCCUCCGAGUCCCACCUCGACAGCCUCGUCGGCCAGGCGCUGUUCGGGGACGGCGGCGCCGCCGUGAUCAUCGGUGCCGACCCCGACCCCGCCGUCGAACGCCCGUUAUUCCAGCUCGUUUCAGCUAGCCAGACCAUCCUCCCGGACUCCGAGGGCGCCAUCGACGGCCACCUGAGGGAAGUCGGGCUAACGUUCCAUUUGCUCAAGGACGUGCCGGGCCUGAUAUCCAAGAACAUCGGGAAGAGCCUGGUGGAGGCGUUUGCUCCCCUAGGGAUCAGCGACUGGAAUUCGAUAUUCUGGAUAGCGCAUCCCGGCGGGCCGGCAAUUCUUGACCAGGUCGAGGCCAAGUUGGGAUUGGAGAAGGAGAAGAUGAGGGCGACGAGGCAUGUGUUGAGUGAAUAUGGUAACAUGUCGAGCGCCUGCGUGCUGUUUAUACUGGAUGAGAUGAGGAAGAGGUCGGCGGAGGAUGGGAAGGCCACAACCGGAGAGGGCUUGGAUUGGGGGGUGCUCUUCGGGUUUGGGCCGGGGCUCACGGUGGAAACUGUGGUGCUGCACAGCCUUCCCAUUGCAGGUCCUUGAUAUGCGCAUGGACUCAGUUGAAGCUUAUAUUGCUGGCUGGCCACUUCAGUGUCCUUCUCUCUUGGUACUUACUGGUCCUAUACGCUGUUAAUUAGUCGGGUACGUAAGUUAAGAUUUGCUUUCGAAUGAGGUGAGGAGAGUGCUUUAGUUGUGAUUGUUAUAUGAUAUAUAAUCAUGUAAGUGAUCCCGAAUAAGAUUUGUCCUUUUCUU